CUUCAAUUUUUUGGGGGUUAGGGUUAAACCUUUGAGCGUGUCCGGAAUGCGCCUUCUACGUCAGUACUGUCGCAAAAUCGUUUCUUUAAUGUGACGUAAAGGCACUUAUCAAUGACGGAAUCGAAUCACGUCCCACAUACCUAUAUAUAUACAUAUACAAUAGUAAGUUCGAAUUAAGUCGCAUAGAAUCUGGCAGGUUAAAACGAUUCUGUUAUAAGAGAAUACACUAUGGUUGUCGCAGCCGAUUAUAAGUCCACUUCUCAAAUAGAAUUCGUCAACAGACUAGACGAACGACUUGAAUGCCCAAUCUGCAAGAACGUUGUCAUUGAACCCUGGCAGACAUCGUGUGGGCAUCGAUUCUGUAGAAACUGUUUUGAAGGUCUCUUAAGGCUGGGGAAUCCCAAAUGUCCAAUCGAUGGAGAACCGAUUUCGCGAGAGGAAUCCUUCCGGGACAAAUGUUGUGAGAGAGAAGUACUUAAUCUUCAGUGUUUCUGUCGAUACAAGGAAAGAAGCUGUGAUUGGAAGGGAGAACUCAGACACUUAAAGGUAUUAAGGAACGAUCAACCAUAACAUUUUGACGUAGUUGUAUACUACGAUUCCCAGUUAAAGUUACUUAUUAUAACGUCCUUUUAAGAGAACUUCCUACCCCGUUGCUAUUAAAGAAACUAUUGAUAGGGCUUUAUAAAUCAACGUCAGAAAGCAAGCUUACUUAUCAGUUGAGCUCGUUCGAGAACAUUCGUGAUCACUGGUUAAGAUUUUUUUCAGCAUAUUUGAAUGAAACUCAGCAAGCUGAUGCAGACUUGGGGGCUUUAGGCUGGCUUAAAAUAGUUAUUUGAGGUAGGUUACGCAAUGUCAUUUGCUAAUAAGCAGUGAAAAAGGCAGAAGGACGAUUAAGAGCUAGAAAUUCAAACUUUAGGGUUCACGUUUUAAUUGCUCUGUGAAGGUGUAUUUGCUUUCCGUUUGUGUGGUUAUCAACUGGAGUUAACCACAACGGAAUAUUCGAUAUAGAUUUAUUCAGUUAGACUUUCUGAGAAGGCACGCAACGCUCCAGGGAGCAUUGCGUGACUUCGGCCUGAGCAUAUGCGAAGUGAGACUGCGUUAAAGCAAAGAGAU